ACAAUUAAUGCAUAAAUAAUAUUAAUACCGUAUUACUAAGGUUAAAACUCCGUCGUACUAUAUAUAUUUUUUUACUACGUAUUUGAGAAUAGUUUAGAUAUUAUAAUAUUUUCUUAUAAAUGUUAAAACUUCUAACACAUAAUAUAUAUUUUUAUAUUUAAAUAUGACGGAAUUAAGCAUUUCUUCGCAGAAAAUCAAAGAGAUAGAAAGAUAUGGAUAUAGUACGGAACAAAGACAUAAAAAAAUUGUUGGGACUCUUAUAUUAUAUAGUGUAAUACUUUAUAUUGUAACAGCAUUCAUUUUUUAUUUCUAUUUCUUUCCUGCAUCACUAUAUGAUCAAAUAUUCUACAUCAUUCCAUUGUUAAUUUUUCCAAUUUUAAUAUUGCUUACAAAAAAGAUGGUAACAUGGUAUUAUAAAUGUAAAAUUUCUAAAAAUCAAGAUAAAUUAAGUACCAUGCAAUCUGAGAAAAAAAAAAUUUUAGAUGAAGUUACAGAGACUGAAACGUACAAAAAAGCUAAAGAAAUUCUGUUAAAGUUUGCUCCUGAUGAAUUAAGAAUGACACCACAAACUUUUAAAGUGUCAUCAUCAACAGAAACUCCGCAACAAACUAGUACACCUCACCAUAUAAUAUCUCCAGUAUCUCCUCCUGGAGAACUGAGAAAACGUAUAGUAACAAGUCAAAAUCAACCACUGAAUGUACAAAGUGGUAUAUUUACUAACACUGGCCCUGUCCCAGUUGGCAGAGCUCCCACUCAGAAUCCAUCAAAUACUUCAUUUCAGAGUGGUAUUAGAUCAGUUAAUACUCCAUUGAGGGAUUAUCGAACUCCUUUACCACGUCCAGUAUUACCGCGGCAAAGGACUUAUUUGGAUCGGUUGAUUGACUAUCUCGUCGGAGAUGGUCCAUCGAAUCGAUAUGCUCUAGUAUGCCGAAAUUGUGAAUCGCACAAUGGGAUGGCUCUCAAAGAGGAAUUUGAAUAUUUUGGAUUCAGAUGUUGCUAUUGCAACUUUUGGAAUCGUGCGAGGAAACAGAAACCAUCUGCUCCAAAACUGUAUAAUGUUGGGCAUAAUAGUCCAUCUUUAAAUACUUCUGAAUAUUUAUCACCUGAUACAAAUAUAGAGCAUUUGAAAGAUAGACAAACGGAAUCAAUAAGUGCAUCAGAUUCAGUCCUUGAUGAACCAGGUAGUGUAAAACAGGAUAUCGAACAGGGAUCCGAAAAGAAAGAAGUUCAUAACUGUGAAGAGAGCGAUGAAAAAAUGGAUAUCGAUGAAUCUUCGUCUUAAAAAAAUUAUUUAUUUUUAAAUAAUUUAUAACUUUUCGUUACUAAAUGUUAGAUGUUAACAAAAUAUAUUUUAAUGUAAUUUGCGACAUGAAACUUUAUUAAAUCUUGAUUUUAAGAUUCAUGAAAAAUUCUCCUUAUGUUUAUACUUAUUUUGUACUCCUCAUUAUUUGAAAUAUUGAAACAUUUGUU